AUGGAAAAAACGCUCCCAACGGGAAAAACCCUCUCAACAGAAGAAGUGGAUCUCGUCCAACGGAGUAGCAAAAAGGUCAAAAGAAAAGCGGGAGACCACCAGAAACAGGGAGACGAGGUUACAAUGGUGGAGUCUAUGGACACAGACUCGACAACUGAAGAAGCUAUUCCUCUGAAUACACAGGGGACAGGGCAGGUUCGCUCCUAUAGUGCAGCGACGAGAGGUAACCAUUUGAGACACCAAAUGCAGGACAUCUCGAUGGAAGAAGAGGAAAUACUAUCGGAUGACGACAUAGUGGAUGGUGAUGAUGAAGAUGAGAAUUGCCCGGUUAUCCGACUGUCGAAGGAGGAAAAGAAACGAUUAAGGACGCCAUGGAAAUAUUCUCUGAUUAUCAAAUUAUUUGAUAAAAAAUUAAGUUAUGCUGUGCUUAUCAGAAGAUUGAGACUCAUGUGGAGUUUGAAAGGGGAAAUUGCCCUUACUGACGUGGGCUGCGCUUAUUAUGUAGUCCGUUUUUCAUCGAUGACAGAUUAUGAAUUUGUCAUGACACAAGGACCAUGGAUGAUAGGAGAUAGCUAUCUCACUAUUCGUAAAUGGAUCCCUAAUUUCGUACCAGACGAAGAACCAAUCAAGACAUUGACGGCAUGGGUUCGUAUACCGAAUUUGUCGGUAGAAUACUUUGACAAAGUAUUUCUCCAUCGAAUUGGUGCAAAAAUUGGUAGGGUGGUACGAAUUGAUAAGAAUACAGAGUCAAUGGACCGGGGACAAUACAUUAGAUUCUGUAUAGAGGUUAAUCUUUCAAAACCUCUGUUAUCCAAAUUUAGACUGAAUGGCCGAGUAUGGAGAAUACAAUACGAAGGGCUUCGCCAAAUAUGUUUUAAGUGUGGUCACCUUGGCCAUAAAUAUGCUGAUUGCCCGAAAUUCAGAAGUACGGAGACAGAAGUAGGAAAGGAGGUUCAAGGCCAAGAGAGGCAAAUAGCCACCAUACAGGAACACGGUCCAAAAGUCCAUCGACCAGAAGAACAAGAUCAAUACGGGGCGUGGAUGCUAGUACAAAGAAACCCUAGGAGGAGUUCGAUUAGACCAAGAAAUGCUCAAACCAAGCAACUAGACCCUAAAGCUAAUAACUUCGGAGGGUCAACAUCCAAGGUGGGCCAAGGAAACCAAAAGAUUAACAAGGAGAAAAAUCAGGAGCAAAAUCAGGAGCAAAUUAGGAAUCAAGAGAACAACCCCGAACAAGGGUCGAGAUUUGCGGCUCUAAAUCAGAUUAGUGAGGAGGAAAACCUAGAAUCAAAUACAAUGGAAAUAGAAAGACCAUCAUAUUUGGAAAGGAACGCCACCAAAGAAAUUAGAGGGGAACACAAUCAAUUGAUAGAGGAAGGAAAGAAUCAAGAGGAGAUAAUUUCUCUGGGUAAUGAUACAAACCAAGGGAGGCGGAAUUUUAGCGAGGAUGAGAUUUUGGAAUAUAUUCCCACUGUGGAAUUGGCAACAGAAUCAAUUGAGGUGGAAAAAGAUAAGGGAUAUUCCAGUAAUUGGAAACAAGAUAUUCAUACAAGGCAAGACCAUCACCCCAUUGGUCAAGGAAUCCCUAAUAUAACCCUUCGAGAGAAAAAUAUUCCAAACAACCCGUUGCACUUGACGAGAGAAAAGAAAGUAACGCUGCUCCCCUCUAAACCUAGCCGUAUCAUUGAGGGCAAAGAAAACUCCAUUAGUAAGUUCCAGCAACCAUUGCCUAGAGAAAUUGAUUCGAGAGAACCCCCUGACUUAGAAAGGAGAGAACUUUCCCCUCUAGACAAUGGAAACUUGGCCAAUCCCGAUAACUUUGGACAUUCAAGCCCCCCCGGCUUACUCAACGUUCAUCGACUACACAACAGAGGGCCCAACGAUGGUAUCCAUGCUACCACUGGUACACAAAGUCGAGCUCCAAAUCGACUCAUAUCUCCCUCCACAACACAAUCCACCGGAUUUGAUGGCUACAGUUCAACUCCCGAUGGAGUUAGUACAUCCCAUGCGCGACCUUCGGACCGCGUUCAUGGACAUGCUUCCUGA